AUGAAGCCCUCACUGUCAGAAUCCCUCCCCGCCAAGCCGAGUAUUGUCAUUCGCCACCACACCAAGUCAAGACACGGAUGCGUCGAUUGCAAGACCAGGCGGGUGAAGUGCGACGAACGUAAACCAACUUGUUCGGCUUGCGAGAGACGCCAAACUCGAUGUCAUUACAAUGCGUCAGACGAGCGCUCGCAAUCUUGGGGUCGCAAAUCGUGUGGCAACCCUCUGCACAACGCUCGUCAGACCAACUCUGUCGCAGCGGGAAGCCCUCCAACCAAGCACGACGACCAGCAGACAUCACUCUCAACAACCACCGCAGAGGAGACAAUGACUUUGAGUCUUGAGUUGACAUAUACCCGCCAAGAAAUGCUCCAGCUUCGCCUCCUGCAUCAUUAUAACUGCUCCACUGUCGACUCUUUCACAAAGGCUUUUCAACUUAGAGACAUCGCAUCCCACUCUCUUCGUGUGGAUGUCCCCAAACUCGCCUUCCAGAACCACUUUCUCAUGGACGGGAUUCUUUCCGUCUCGUUGCUCCACAUGGCCAGCACUGAGACAAGUCUAGCGGCUGUCGACGACCUGCCGCCUGUGACGAUGUAUCGAGACCGGGCAAUGUGUCGGUUGCGCCAACAGCUGGCGCACGCUUCGGGAGAUCACUCCCGCGCAGUCGUCGCAACGUCCGUUUUGCUGGCGAUGACGGCCCUGGCCGCUGAUCGGCUUUCCGGCUACGAGGGCAUCUGGUUGACAAAUUGGCUGGCUUUGACCAUCGGGCCGCGUGCGAUCUUGCCGCGUCGGGGGAUGUUGGCUCCGUCUAAAGGUGGCGAAGAGAGGACGCGGACCGGCUGGGACGUGGCACUCGAUCAUCAAUGCCCCGUGGCGGUUCCACUCGAUCUGGAAAAGGUACUCGACAUGACUGAAAAUGACGAGGAUUGGUGCUAUCUUAAAGAUCUGCGCCGCGCUGUCUUGGGAAUCGGCAAGCUGUUUGGGGCAUUGGCUUGUCCGGUCUGCAGUGGCUUAGCCUACAGCCCCAGCCCGCCAUGUGUCGCAUUCAAGGUCAGGGCAUGGCCAUAUGUGUUUGUCUCCUCCGGGUUUGUCGACAUGGCCCGCCAAGAACGGGCGCGGGCUCUGGUUGUGAUGGGAUACUAUCUCGCAUUCUUCCAGUGGUUGCCGCAGAGCUGGGUAUACGAGGAUGUAGGACCCAAAGACUUGACGAAGAUUGCUGCUGCCGUCGGGCCAGACUGGGUCGCGUACCUGGCGGCUCCCAAGGUCGCUGUGCGAGUGAGGGAUACAGAUCUGUUGACGGAGUUUCUGACCGGACUACUGCCCACUGGAAGGUUAGAUAAAGCAGGCUUCGAUCAAGGGUUUUUUGGGUAA